UACGGGUGGUGGCGAAGGGUCAAUCCACGCCGGACGUGGGGUUGGCGGCGAGGCCGGCGGCGGUAGUUGGGGCUGGGUGGGAGGAGAUCCUCUCGCAUACACGAGGAGGGUUGAGCCGCCGUCUCCGCGGUCGCGAGUGCGGAGUGUGGACUGGCGCUUCCGCACAGGGCGUCAGGGAACGAGUCGUUGGCCGCCGGCCCCUCUGCCUCGCGAUCCUCCCUCGGUCAGCGCGGCCUGCUCCUCCCCGGUCGGCCGCCCCCGCCUCCAUUUCCCGCCCUCUCUUCACCACACACACGGCCCCCCCGAUCAUGGAUCCCGGCAGCGGCGGCGGCGGCGGCGGCGGCGGUGGCGGCGGGAGCAGCAGCAGCAGUAGCGACUCUGCGCCCGACUGUUGGGACCAGGCGGAUAUGGAGGCCCCCGGGUCGGGCCCUUGCGGCGGCGGCUCUAUGGCCGCGGCGGCCGAGGCCCAGCGUGAGAACCUUAGCGCGGCCUUCAGCCGGCAACUCAACGUCAACGCCAAGCCCUUCGUGCCCAACGUCCACGCCGCGGAAUUCGUACCGUCUUUCCUGCGGGGCCCGGCCCAGCUGCCGCCAUCCCCACCCGGCGCGGCCGGCGGCGACCACGGAGCGGGCAGCGGCGCGGGAGGCCCUUCGGCACCUGUAGAAUCCUCUCAAGAAGAGCAGUCAUUACUGUGUGAAGGUUCAAACUCAGCUGUUAGCAUGGAACUUUCAGAACCUGUUGUAGAAAAUGGAGAGACAGAAAUGUCCCCGGAAGAAUCAUGGGAGCACAAAGAAGAAAUAAAUGAAGCAGAGCCAGGGGUUGGUUCCUCAGGAGAUGGAAGACCAGCAGAGGAAAGUACCCAAGAAAUGAUGGAGGAAGAAGAAGAAAUUCCAAAACCUAAAUCGGUGGUUGCACCUCCAGGUGCUCCUAAGAAAGAGCAUGUAAAUGUGGUAUUCAUUGGGCAUGUAGAUGCAGGCAAGUCAACCAUUGGAGGACAAAUAAUGUAUUUGACUGGAAUGGUUGACAAAAGGACACUUGAAAAAUAUGAAAGAGAAGCUAAAGAAAAAAACAGAGAAACUUGGUACUUGUCUUGGGCCUUAGACACAAAUCAGGAAGAACGAGACAAGGGUAAAACAGUAGAAGUGGGUCGUGCCUAUUUUGAAACCGAAAAGAAGCAUUUCACAAUUCUAGAUGCUCCUGGCCACAAGAGUUUUGUCCCAAAUAUGAUUGGUGGUGCUUCUCAAGCUGACUUGGCUGUGCUGGUCAUCUCCGCCAGAAAAGGAGAGUUUGAAACUGGAUUUGAAAAAGGAGGUCAGACAAGAGAACAUGCAAUGUUGGCAAAGACAGCAGGUGUAAAACACUUAAUUGUGCUUAUUAAUAAGAUGGAUGAUCCAACAGUAAAUUGGAGCAAUGAGAGAUACGAAGAAUGUAAAGAGAAAUUAGUGCCGUUUUUGAAAAAAGUUGGCUUCAAUCCCAAAAAGGACAUUCAUUUUAUGCCCUGCUCAGGACUAACUGGAGCAAAUCUCAAAGAGCAAUCAGAAUUUUGUCCUUGGUACAUUGGCUUGCCAUUUAUUCCAUAUCUGGAUAAUUUGCCAAACUUCAAUAGAUCAGUUGAUGGACCAAUCAGGCUGCCGAUUGUCGAUAAGUACAAGGAUAUGGGGACUGUGGUCCUGGGAAAGCUGGAAUCUGGAUCUAUUUGCAAAGGCCAGCAGCUUGUAAUGAUGCCAAACAAGCACAACGUGGAAGUUCUUGGAAUACUUUCUGAUGAUGUAGAAACCGAUUCUGUAGCUCCAGGUGAAAACCUCAAAAUCAGACUGAAAGGAAUUGAAGAGGAGGAGAUUCUUCCAGGAUUCAUACUUUGUGAUCUUAAUAAUCUUUGUCAUUCUGGACGCACAUUUGAUGCCCAGAUAGUAAUUAUAGAGCACAAGUCCAUCAUCUGCCCAGGGUAUAAUGCGGUGCUGCAUAUUCAUACCUGUAUUGAAGAAGUCGAAAUAACAGCCUUAAUCUGCUUGGUAGACAAAAAAUCAGGAGAAAAAAGUAAGACUCGGCCCCGUUUUGUGAAACAAGAUCAAGUAUGCAUUGCUCGUUUGAGGACAGCAGGAACCAUCUGUCUUGAGACUUUUAAAGACUUCCCUCAAAUGGGUCGUUUUACCUUAAGAGAUGAGGGUAAGACCAUUGCAAUUGGAAAAGUUCUGAAACUGGUUCCAGAGAAAGACUAAGCAUUUUCUUGAUGACCCUGCACAAUACUGUGAGGAAAAAUGACUGCAAAAGCCUACUUCACACCGCCUUCUCUUAUUUUCUGCCCAUUGAUAAACCUCUUCCCAUAUUUUGCAAAGAAAUUUCACAGCAAAAGUCCACAUUAUGUCAGCUUUCUCAUAUUGAGAGCUCUGCUAUGCCACUGUUGAAUUUUCCCCAAGAUUUUUUCCCCCUUUCAAACUUUGCUUCCUUGGACAGAUUUGGCAAUAGCUUUGUAAGUGAUGUGGACAUAAUUGCCUACAAUAAUGAAAAUCUACAGGAAUUUUUUUAUUUUUCAUUUUCCCCUUAGGUAUAGUUAGUCUUUUUUCCCCAGGCAGAUCAUUCUGAGUGUGCGAGUGUGUGUGCACAUGUUAAAAAGACAACUACCAUGUUAAUAAAAUAUUCAAUUUGAAACCCUUUUCGGUAUUUGAAUUGCUUUUGAAUACUGUUUUUUAUCUGGAUGUAACAUUGUUGCAUUAGCUUUUUAACUGCCAAGUAAUUGAAUACAUUUUAUUACUUGGACUUUUCUAAACUCUCCUUAUCAACUCAUUUUAAAUGAGGCAUUUACAGAUGCUGUUCAAGUUUGUAUUAAAGGAAAGAAUUCAUUUGACCUCUUCUUUUGAUGGUUAAUGCAUACAUAAAAUUAAACACCUUUAUGCAACUGUGACACUGCUUUAUUAACCAUAGGUCUAUUGGUUAUUUUCUGCCAAUUUAUAUUUUAAUAUGAUUUCUUAAACAUAGUAAGUUGUUUGGAAAUGAAAGAACAGCAGACUGUUGUUUUUUAUAAGUAAAGCUUAAUGGAACUGUACCCUACAGAAAAUUCCAUUAAUAACUGGUCACAUUAAUGGGAUUCACAAUAAAGAAAGCAUGUUGAGACUGGCAAAAUGCCUUUUAGUAUUUAUAAGAGCUGCAUGUAUAGUAUGAAAACCAUAUCAAUUACAUGUGCCAGUUCUACAAGUUACUCAGUUUACUCUUUGUAUCAGUAACUUUAAAGGUUGGUAGAUCCUUGCUGGUUAAAGGCAAUUCUCAAUCCAGCAACUAAAUGAACACAUAUUUAGAAUCAUCACAAACUGCUCAGACUAAAGUUAACAGUGACAAAUAGAAUCAAGCACAGUAUAAGUUUUAUCUCAAUUAUUUGGAAAUUGAAUUUUCUUAAAUAUAAGCUGGAAUUUGCUAACCAUGAUUUGGAUGAACCACAGUGCAGCAUUGUAGUGGUUUUUAGAUUGAAGGCUGACUUUCUGCUACAGCUAUCAGGACUGAAAUUUUUCAUAAGAAUAAAUGAGAAGUGGAAGAGACAGUUUCUGGGUCUGUCAGAAGCCUCCUUCAUGAAUGUGUGUUGCCAUUUAUCAGACUUGGCCUCUUUUAUUGUGAAUGAUCUCUAGGAUACUUUGUAACUGUGUAUAAUUAUAUGUCCCUUCUCCCUGUAACCUUGCUCCCCAGAAAAGAAACGCCUAGGCAACUAUAUUUCCAGUCACAACAUAAAACUUACUGUUUUUUAAGUAUGAAAUUCCAGUUGAAGAGUUGCUAUUUUAUGGACAGGGCAAAGGUAGUGCCCUAUAGCUUCUUAGAAGGACAUUUAUGGCUAUUAAAUUGCAUGAGAUUUAAAUUUUAUUAUGUCCGUGAAUUUCUGGGCUUUUAUUUUUCUGUGAAAUACAGGAGCUUUAAUGAGGAAAAGUAGUUUUUAUAUUUUCAUGUUAAUAAGGAGAAAUACUAGCAAAUGCUUGAGUCUUAAUGAAAUCUCUAAAACUGAGUCAUUGAAAUUUCCAAAGACUUCCCUUUUGAAAUUAAACACAUUUUUAAAAACAAGUUUUGUCUGCUGUUAAAACACACUGUCAUGUUAUGUGCAUGUUGCCAAGAUUUUUAAAUAAAAUGACUUGGACAGCAAUUGUGAAGGGCCUACCUCUACAAGAUAACAUAAUAAAAGUACAAAAAAUUUUAUUGGAAUUAUAACACAAGUUCAAAAUCAAUACCAUACAUUUUAGGGACUUUUAAAUUUGAAAGUGUCAUCUCCAUUUAGAGCUGAUACAUUUAUGGACUUGUCAUUUGAUUAAGGAGAUAAAAUGUCUGAAACUUUGAACGUGUGCAGAUGUUGAAUUUUUAAAGAGCAAUACAGAUUCUUGUGCUGUCAUUCUGUCUUCUGCAACUGUAAACUAUGUGUUUGACAAUGCAAAAAUAGGGUAGUUGACUACACAUUCAGGAUAUUAAAGACCUUAACAUUUUUUAACCAUAUUUAACAUGGUCAUGUUAAAUCAUAAUUUUGCCUCAUUUUAUAUUGAUGGUCUUUAUACAACCUUAUGCUAGGUUAUUUAAAACUUUUAAGUGAAUAGAUGGAAUUUUAAGGGAUAGCAUUUAAAAACAUCUAAUUAACUGCCACCUUAAAUCUUUAUUUCUUACUGUGGAAGAAAGGGAAAUACAGCACUUUUAGCAUUCUUUAUAUAUAAUUUGCAAAAACUUAACCAGUGAAAAACCUAUAUCAAACCAAACUACAAGAGGACUGAGUAUGUAUUGCUUGAAAUUAAGUGACAAAUAGUUAAGUGUUUGUGAAUGAUUAAACCCAUUUUUAUUCCUAGUUUUGAAUUAAAAAAAUCUUGAAAUAUAUGGUAAUUAAAAAGUUUGUCACCUAAAGUACAAGUUAUUCACUGUAAGGUAAUUAUUAUUGUUUGCUAUUUAUGGAAACCACACAAUCUACUUUUACAGUAUGGGACUUUGAAAGUUGAACAAUUACUGGCAUCAUUCGAAGCACUGCAAAUAUUUUGGCUCAUACUUGGAACCAGAUGCAGUUUGACAACUUAAGAAAAAGCUGACCUCUAUGUCAAAAACUCCCAUGAUGAACAUUUGAAAAAAAAAAAAGUCAGCUGAACUCCCUUGGCCAUCUUCAGGAACACUAGUAAUUAUUCCAUGAUCUUGGAUGACUGUUUACAUAUGACAGCACUCUAGCACCUUUCCUCACUGGCAUGGACUUGCUUACAGACUGCUGCUUUCUGGGCGAUAACUUCAUUGCUUUGGGUAGAGAUUCAGAUAGUCAUGGGACAAAGCUAUAGCUUUUAACAUCAGGCAACUUUCAACCUUCAAACCAUUUGUGAAAAUUCUGGUUACAGCACUAUAGCUCUGACUAUAGAAUGAUUAAAUAUUAUAUUCAGUGUUGGCCUACCUUAUUAGAAUAAUUUGUGCAAUUAAUCCUCUCACAGACAUGUAGAUAAAGAGCAGUCAACUGAAUUUGGGGGGUGAUUAUAUUAUCUGUCUCCAAAUGCUGCAUUAAUUUCUUCUAGCUAAUUUUUCAGUGAUUCUAAUUAUUCACAAUCUUGUUUCUUUAGAGAUCUUGCCAUGGCAGCAACUUGUUAAAUAUAAUUACAUAUGCACAACUCAAAAGAUUUAGUAGGUUUAAAUUUAGCAGUUGGUUAUAUUAGAUUUCAUAGUAAGUGGAAUAAAAAGUGUUCUUAUUUUCCAGUAGUAAUUCAGUCAGUUGCAUUUGAACCAGAAUUCAGAUAGGGUAGAUUUAGUACUUGAAGGUUUUGGUUCUGGGAUAGUCUUGAUUUUUAGAAUCCUAGAACUUACUGAGUCUUCCCUUCAAUAAAUAUACUUCUCACAUACCUCUAAUCCUAUGCUUCCUUGAAACAGUAAUAUGCUAGCUGAGUUGUUUAUAAGGAUUAACAAGGGCCUGGAGGUGUGGAAGUAGACAUUUAAACCUUUUAUGUUCUCCAAUGUAAGGGCAAACAGAUAGGCACUAGGUCCAAUUAGGCAGAAAACAGCUGGAUUUCUUAAGCAGCCCCCAAAAUGAUAAUUGCUUUUUUUCUGCCUUGUCACACAUGCCACUGUGUCCUUUAAAUCUUGACAUGGAAACCUCAGGUUUGUGGACAGCACAGGUGAAUGGCAUUUUGUGCUUCAUGAGGCUCCCCUCUGCCAGGCACAUUAGCUUAUUAAUGCUUCAGAUGUCAGCCUGAGUCCUUGCUACCUCCUUUCCUGCUGUCCUGGGAAGUAUCUGUGCUGGAGCUGGAGCUCUGGCCCUCCUCAGCUCAGGUGAUGGUCUUCGUCUCCAUUCUCCCACAUGCAUAAGGUGAGACUGAGGUCUGAGCCUGCAAGGUCUGCAUUUGGGCUCUCAGAAAUGUGCACACUUUAGAUUCUUCUAUUUGUUUUAAAGGAAAUGUGGAUCUCAGGCCAGGAUUUAGUGACUAAUUUUCAUUAAACUAGUUAACAUCUAGAUCUCAUUUAGAAAAAAAAAAAUAAUGGAAACUGACUAGGUUGGGUUUUUAACCUAAUUCCAAAGCAUGAAAGAUGAAGAGUAUUCUAGGUAGGAAAGAAGCCCUUUUAUGAUUUGUAGCUACCUACUGUGCCUGACUUGGUGCCUGUGUGAGGAUUAAGCCCUUAGUCUGCUCUUGGAAUUACUCAAAUGACUGAAGUUAAAAUUUUUUGUUUUGUAACAAUAAAAUUUGUCAUCUUCCCUUCUGA